CUUUCUACCGAAUUUCCCCUCCUGAUGCUGUGUGUUGGACUGUGUUUCACCCCAGAGCUGCAUGUGUCCUUGUGCUGCAUGCACCACUGGUCUCUUUUCUUGGCAUCCUGUGUUCAUGUCAAUAGCGUUCUGCCUGUGCAUGACCGAAGCCAUCCUGCUCUUCUCGCCGGAGAACUCUCCAUUCUGCUUCUGCUCCCGCAAGGUGAAGGUGCGGCUCCACUGGACUGCACAGACAUUGGUGAUUGUGGCAGCCACGCUGGGCCUGGGCUUCAUCAUCUCCAGCAAGAACCGGAGCGAGUACCCGCACUUUGUUUCAUGGCACAGUAUCCUGGGCAUCGUGACUCUCAUUGCCACCUGCGGGCAGGCUCUUUGUGGGCUUUGCUUGCAUUUCCCCCAGCUGCUGAGGGUCUCCUCUGUGGCACGUCUAAGGCUGUACCACAUUGCCUGUGGCCUGGUGGUCUACCUGCUCGCCACCUUUACUGUGGCCCUUGGGAUCUACUCGGACUGGUUCCAAGCACAGAUCAAAGGGGUGGCCUGGUAUGUCUGCCUGGCACUGCCCUUCUACCCAGCCCUCGUGGUCAUGAACCAGAUCAUUAGCAUUUACAUCCCAGCAAAGAGGGGGAAUAUCUGAGUGCUGGCCUGUGUUUCUGCCCAUCCCAGGGCCGGAGCACCAGCCUGCCCCUCUCCUUUUGUUACAGGGUGUGCACCUGUGUGCAGUGCGUGUUUGAGGGAUAUCCCUGUGCCUUAUACUGAUAAUGUGUUUCCCUUUGCAUAUAUAGUAGAGUUUUCUAGUUUCCAGAGUUUGAUCUGUCCCUUUAUUUCUCAUGAAAGCACUUCCACAUUUAAAAAAAAAUAUAGGGGAGCCUGGGAUUUGGUGUCCAGCUCCUGGCUCAGGUCGGGUCUCUGCUGCCCCCAGAAGCUGGGAUGGCUCUGCCUUGCUUUCCUGGGGUAAAGACCCUACCCAUUGGUGCAGGGUGAAUGGCCCCUGGGAGUCUGCUUCAGUUUGAUGCUUAGACCUGUGACAAGUGAAAAGGUUAGGCAGGAGGAUGCCUGAGUGAAUGGUUGCUGGCACUUGGCAAUAGACCCAAAUUUGUCUUUAAGAUGGAUGCAUUUUUAAUCUGGGUUUUUCACAGUCUGCCCUAAGGCUGCAAUCUUUGCUGUGCCUGGGAGCUUACCACAAAAUCUGAGGCCCCAGUCCUAGGGCUCAGGGGGCCACUGGAAGGGUAUGUUUUGAUGCUGGAUGAGAUGGGGAGUGACAGUCCUGGGCCUGUUUUGUGGUCAGUGAGGUGAGCUAGUCUAGGCAUGUGGGCAGGUGCCUCCAUCCUGUGCUAAUGGGAGUCGCACAGCCUGGUGGCACUGAUGCAGGAAGCUGCAGUCCUGAUGGACAGGCGGUAAAUGCGCAGCAGGUAAGUGAAGGUCUCUGCUGCAUGUGGCCAUUGGUGCUCUGCACUUUUCCAGUUUACACACAGACUGGUAAAGGAGUGGUGGGGUGGGCACCGGGGACUGGGAUUUUACCUUGGGCACCGGGGAGUCACUCUGGAGCCUCUGGUUCCAGUGCAGCCCUGCUGGAAAAGGGGCUGUUUCAGCAGCUAGUUGCAAUACCUGCUUUCUGCACCUUGCUGCCUUGGGUGGUGCCAGGCUGUCUGCACCUUGCCUUGGAGCAGAGGCCAGGGGGAGUUGUGUGUACCUGGGCUAGCUCAGGCCAGGGCUGCUGUAAUGGGAAGACACCAAGCUUACUAUUUCUGUGGUUUGCUAGGGGGCUGGGGAGGGCUUUGCUGAUGUAGCCCACAGAUAGAUUUAUUAACUCUUGGGGCUUUUUGACUUGCAACAGCAUGGUCUACAGUUAGCAGCAGAACUCCUGGGGCUGUGUUUAGGGUGUGAGCCGGAAGGCUUGCACAGAUCCUGUUUAAAUAUCCUGCUGUGUAUCAUCUCAGGAUUGUAAGGGCCUUCUGCCUUCAGUAGCUCAGAAAUGAGGUCUUGCAUUGCACCUCCUGAACAGGGGUACUCUCCUUUUUGGCAGUCUGCUUCCCGUUUCAUUUGCCAUCAGUAUCACCAGUGCCAGCGUGUGGGUCUGUGCAUGGCCCUGAAGGAGGAGGAGGCUGAUGAACCAGUUGUCCAUUUAACCUCUUCUUUCUUUAAUACUCUUCAAAAGCGGGGUGAAAGGAUGAGUCAGGGGCAGUUGUGGAGAGGCAGGAGAGCAGCCUGGGGUGCUAGCCCAUUGGUAGUAUGCAACAAACACCCAAGCACCACCCCAAUAGGGUGAUUUGAGAUUUGAACCUGGGAUCCCCAGUGGCGCAGCGCUGAGCUGAAGGAGUAGCUCUGCUAGGUGACAGCUUUGUAGGUUGCUCUUCUCUGCAGAGCACAGCCACUCUGCUAGUGCGGGUGACGCUUGCAGGAGGAAGGAGCUCGUAGCUGUGUGCAUGGCGGGGUGCCUAAGAGGAGAGGGGAGGAGACCCACGUGGUAGUUUUGGUGCCCUUUGAUCUCUCUGGGCGUCAUCACUGUUCUGCAUAAACCCUUGUGCUGUUUUCUGUUCUGUCCGGCCCAAGAGGAAAUGAAACAGCACAGAGAUGUCUGUGUGGACUGCCAGCGGUGUCUGUCUGCCCCACCUUCUCUUGGCCCCAGAGCCCUGUGUUUGCAAUGGGACCUUCUGAAUUAACCCCUCAGACCCAGGAGUGAGCAACAGACAGGAGCAGUCAAGUACAGGCUUCCUUUUUGACUCUUUCUGCUCUGUUAACCCCAACAAACCCCUCCUCAUAUUUGUGUUAGGGUGUCCAGGGAUCCUGCCUGAGCUGAUCCUCUUGCAAGCUAAGCCUUGCCUGCUGCUUGGGAGUGAGAACUUUUCCCAUCUCGGGGGUCACUGAAGGAUGGUAACAGGCCAUUGCAGCCAUAUUUCUUUCAGGUGGUUUGUAGCCUUCAUAUCGAGGGUGCUUCCCUAGGAGAUAGGGGAGACCUACCCUCCGCAAACCCAGGGUUGGGCCUUUCAGGGCCCUACGCUAAUAUGCGCCUGUCCUAGUGUAAGGCUUUCUACCUCGGGCUCCUGUUCCCAAGUGGUUCUUCCUGGCUUGCCACAGGGUGCUCGCUGGGCUUUCUCCUCUGCAGCUUUAGCCACACGGCCUUCCAGUUUUAGGAACAAGCUUCUCUCAUCCUUUGUGUUUGUGUUGUGCAGCACCUUGCACAAGGGGACUCCCAUCUCUGUUAGGACCCCUUGGUGAUAUGCAAGUGUAGGAUAAAGAAGCCAUCCCUCCUUUGGAAGCCCAUAGAAAGCAGCAGCUUUCCCUGAUGCUGCGGGGGAAAUCUUAGGAGCACUGCACCUUGCUCCCCACCUUUCAGACCCUGAUGGUUGCCAUCAAGGGGAUGCCGUCCACGGAGAUGUUAAUUGGGGCUGGGGUUUGUACAGCAGCAUGCAGGUUAGCAGGUCAUCAGGCACAGCGAGUAUCGCAAUGUCUGCCUCCAUAGACCUUACUGUGAAGGCCUUGUCCCUGUCCAUGGCAGCAAUGGAAGUGCACAAUAGCUAGGGGCAGAGGGAAGCAGGUAGGCAAGUGACGCGGUUGGACGGACUGAUGGGGGCACAGAUGGACUGAAGAGUCCCUCGGUGAUCAAAUCCCACAGCCGCUGGCUUUCGCUGUUCAGACUUGGAUGCCAGCUUGCUGAGUGAGCCAGUAUCCUGUCCUUGUAACUGCCAGCUUUAAAAGUGGGGCUCUGGGAGUGGGUAAGAGAAAAUAUCCUGGCUGGUUAGAGGUGUCUAAAAGGCCUGUAGAAGGACGUGCAGGGGGGGAUGGGGGAAAGGGAGACACAGGGAGUAGGAUUCAGACUCUGUGAAACAUGAUAACUCCAGUGAUAAAGGCUCACAAGUAAAGUGGGACAAGGGAGCGUUUUCAUUUUCCAUGAUCUCAGCCUCCCGGCUACUUCUGAUCACGCUGUACAGCAGCUUGAACCCACGGUACUUCUCCAGAGGACUUCUCCCCGCCCCCCGGUCCGAGUCUGGACAUAGCCUCUGUUCCUCUGGGGGCUGCUGAAUUUCAGAUAACACUGUAACUGUUCAGAAAUGUGUUUGGCCUCUGUAUCCUGUGUGUUGUGUGUCAGCCUGUACUCUGUGCACUUAACCUGUGGCCCUCGAACAACUGGGCUUCAUUGUGGGACGUACUUUUUGUGUAUAACGAAGAAAAGCAUUGGCCC